AUGGGCACUGGUCUUCUCGACAUCAUCAUCCUCGGCGCCAUUGCCGCCUUCCUGGUGCUGCGCCUGCGCAGCGUCCUGGGCAAGCGCACGGGGCAUCAGGGCGGUCGCGAAUACGACCCCUUCCAUCAAGAGCAGAUGCGCCGCCGGCAGGAGCAGGCGCGCGGCCGCGGCGAGCAGGGGGGCGAGCCCUCCGGCGAGGAGGACAAGGUGGUCCACCUGCCCGACAGCCGCGGCGACGCGGGCCGCGAGGAGGCCGCGCCGGACUACGGCGACCGGCCGGGCGCCGCCGGGCUCACCCGGAUCAAGCUGGCCGACCGCGAGUUCGACCCCGACCAGUUCGUCCAGGGUGCGCGCGCCGCCUUCGAGAUGAUCGUCGGCGCCUUCGCCCAGGGCGACGCCAAGACCCUGCGGCCGCUGCUGUCGGACGACGUCUACAGCGACUUUGCCGGCGCCAUCGAGCAGCGCCGCGAGGCCGGCGAGCGGCUGGAGACCACCCUGGUGGGCAUCAAGUCGGCCGACAUCGUCGACGCCGACCUGCGCGGCAAGACCGCCUUCGUCACCGUCAAGUUCGUCUCCGAGCAGGUCAACGUGACCUACGACGAGGAGGGGCGGGUGGUCGACGGCGACCCCAGCGAGGUCGAGACCAUCACCGACAUCUGGACCUUCGCGCGCAACACCAGCAGCCGCGAUCCCAACUGGAGCCUGGUGGCCACCGCCGCGCCCAACUGA